AUGUCCAACGACAGCAGCCUCCUCAGCGUCUGGGAGGCCUCUGACUGGGCGGACACCUCCCAGUGCCCGCCCUCGGUAGGUGGAGCAACUUUCUUGAUCGUGGCGUACAGCGCCGUCAUUGCGAUCGGGUUGCUAGGCAACGCGGGCCUAGUGUUCAUCAUCGCCCGGCAACAGGAGCUGCGCAACGUCACCAACAUCCUGAUCGCCAACCUGUCAUGCUCCGACAUCCUCAUGUGUGUGGUCUGUCUUCCUGUUACUGUCAUAUACACGCUGAUGGACCGCUGGGUGCUGGGGGAGGCGCUGUGUAAGGUGACUCCCUUUGUUCAGUGCAUGUCAGUGACAGUCUCUGUCUUCUCCCUGGUGCUGAUUGCUCUGGAGCGUCACCAGCUGAUCCUCCAUCCCACCGGCUGGUCCCCGGCGGCGGGACACUCCUACCUGGCCGUAGGGCUGACGUGGCUGGUCGCCUGCUUCAUCUCUCUGCCCUUCCUGUCCUUCAACAUCCUCACAAAUGACCCCUUCCAGAACAUCAGCCUGCCCGCUAACCCCUUCAGGGACCAUCUGAUCUGUAUGGAGCUGUGGCCGUCAGAUAAGCAUCGUCUCGCCUACACCACCUCCCUGCUGCUCUUCCAGUACUGCCUGCCUCUGCUGCUGGUGCUCCUCUGCUACCUCAGGAUCUUCCUCCGCCUGAGACGACGCAGGGACAUGCUGGAGCGCAGCAGGAGGACUCAGGGAGCCCAGAGGAUUAACGCCAUGCUGUUAGCUAUCGUCGUAGCCUUCGCUCUGUGCUGGCUGCCGCUGAACGUCUUCAACACGCUGUUUGACUGGCACCACCAGGCCCUACCUGACUGCCAGCACGACGCCGUCUUCUCUGCCUGCCACCUGACGGCAAUGGCCUCCACCUGCAUUAACCCCGUGGUGUACGGCUUCCUCAACAGCAACUUCCAGAGGGAGCUUAAGUCGACGCUGCAGCGCUGUCAGUGUGGUAACCGGACGGUGGAGAGCUACGAGAGCUUCCCCCUCUCCACUGUGGGCAGCGAGGGCAUGACCAAAGCCACCUCCCUCAACAGGAUGGGGUCAGUCUCACCCAGACCUGAGUUCAGCUCAGUCAUACCUGUGAAAACAAUACCAGCGAACAGCUUCUGA